AUAGAUUGACGUCUGAAGCCACCAAUAAUGUUUGCGAAAAAGAAUAAUAUUUAUCUCUCACUUCUCGUUGAUGGCGACUGUUUUGUCAGAUGACCUAAAGAAGCAUUAUAACAUGGUGUGGGAAAUUAAGAGUCCCCUGAGCAGCAGCAGUAGAAUGUUGGAUAUCACAGGGCCAGAGGCAAGUAGAGAACAGGGCUUGGACCUUCUCCAGUGUGAAGAACACCUGCCCUCCUCCCUCGGAUGCCCCACCAGUGACAGCCACAUGGAAUACGAUGACCUCCCAGAGCUGGAGGAGGUGGAGGAGGACCAGACAGCCCCCGCCGUGUUUCAGGUGGGGGCGGGGGUGUCCCAUCAGGAACGUGACGGACAUAGUCAUACGGCCGGGCCCCUGGACACACACUGGCUCACACAGCUAGCUCACAUCGCCACAGGCCCCCAGAGUCCCCUGCUACAGGGUUCCACUCAGGUCGUCAGGUCAACUCCCGUCCACAUCUUUGGCAUCAGUAGUAACCUCCAUUCCUACGCACGGCCUCCCCACACCCGGCCUCCCCUGACCUCCAGCAGCCUGCCCUCUAGAGGCCAACACAGGGAGCGCAGCAGGCGAGUCAGGGUCAGUAGUGAGUGUGAGUCUGCUGUGUCCUGUCACUCCUCUGUGUCUGAUGACGAGGACAUGGGCUGGAGCCACUCCUGGCCACCUACUGCCUGGCACUGCUUCCUCAAAGGCACUCGUCUGCGGUUCCAUAAGGGUUCUAGUGUGGAGUGGCAGGAUGCUGAGAAACUGGUGUCAGACGAAGACUCAGACGAUGAGGCAGAGGCUAUAACCCGCCCCCUGAAGGGCUAUGGUCGUGAGGGCCUGAGGCUGGUGUCCCACACAGAGAGCCGGGCGUUCGGCCAGUCCGUCCUCAAGCUGACCUUUGACCCAGGUGCCUGUGGGGAGUGUCUUCUGUCCGCUGAGUGUCAGCUGGACCACCCGUUCUACGUCAGAAACAAAGGCUGGUCGUCGUUCUACCCCAGUCUGACUGUGGUGCAGUAUGGGAUCCCGUGCUAUGAGGUGAUGGUGGGAGACGUGUGUCUGCCUCCUGGACACAGAGAUGCCGUCCACACUGACGACUCCCUGGUGUUCGACACAUUCAGGAGUUAUGACUUCACUCCCCUGGACUCGUCGGCGGUGUACGUCCUGAGCAGCAUGGCCCGGCAGCGUAGGACCUCCCAGUCCGGCGGGGGCGCCGUCAGCCCCGACCAAGACACACACCGCAACAAGCUAAUUAAGAGCCAGCAGGACUCGGGAGCAGCCGGCGUGGCUUCGCCCACGAAGUGCAAGCGGCCAAUGAAUGCAUUCAUGCUAUUCGCAAAGAAGUUCAGGUUGGAGUACACCCAGAUGUACCCUGGGAAGGACAACAGAGCGAUCAGUGUGAUCCUGGGAGAGAAGUGGAAGAAGAUGCGAGGAGAGGAGAGAAGGAUGUACACCAUGGAGGCCAAGGUUCUGGCUGACGAGCAGAAGAGACUCAACCCUGACUGCUGGAAACGCAAGAGAACCAACUCAGGUUCCCAGGGGAACUAAGAGGCGCAGACACACGAGAGAGAGGGAUGAGGCAGAUGACAGGAGAAAAGAGAGGGAGGCGAUGGAGGGGAGGACAAACCGAGAAGAGGGGUGUAUGGGGGGAGGCAGUACAUGCUCAAACCGGCUACCACUCCUGAGCUGAGGAAGAUGCACACAUGCACACACACACACACACACACACACACACACACACACACACACACACACACACACACACACACACACACACACACACACACACACACACACACACACACACACACACACACACACACACACACACUUUAGAGCCAGCUACACUUCCUGUGACGUUACUCUACUGUGAUUCGGGGUAUGCUUGCUUUCUAAACAAAUAGAGAUUUAUGUAAGAAAAAAAAAUAUAUAUAUAGAUAUAUACAGUAUAUAUAAUAUACUAACUGUGCUUGAAUAUAGGAUAUUUUUUUAAUGUCCGACUUGCCUUAAUCUUCCAAAGCAAGAAUGUAUUCUUUUUAACUCAUUUCAGGUCAUUUCAUACCUUAUUGCUUGAAAAACAUGAGCCCAUGUGGUGCUGUAGAGUUGGGAAAGGGGAGGUGAAAACUAAAUGUCUAUUUUUCAACCAGAGAUCAGUCUAGGGAAUUUAAAAAAUGCUUCCGAUUAUUCUUAUGCCUAUAUUUGUAUAACUCAAUAUAUUAUUGCACAAAAAAAACUAUUUUUGACUUUGUACAUGCAGAGGGGAAGGGAGGGAGGGGUGGGUGGGAUAUGUGCUUAACCUUGAUUCUUGCUGUAUUCCAAAUAGACACCUACCCCCUUAGGCACUUAAAAACUACACUCAAAAACAAUAUUUUGGUAUUUGUUACAUUAGUCCAUUGUUGAUACCAAAAUGUUUGCAUGUCAGCAGCUUUCAAGAUAUUGGACUUUCAAGAAGCAAAGUGUCACUUGCCACAUCAUAGUUUUUGAUUGGAUGUUUCCUUUAAAGUAGAUCUUAUUUAUUCAUCUCAUAUCUACACUGGUGUCUAGUGGGUAGGGGUUGGUUUGGAACUGGGCAUAUCUUACCCGGGUCAAGUGUACUGGGUGUGUGACAAACGAAUAGGCCAUAUAAUAAUGACGUGUUAUAUUCUAAUGAUGUUAACAUACCUAUGGGACAGACAUGCAUACUCUCACUGCAAUUAUGCACAGCAUACACUUUAUCUUCUGUAUGACGGAUAUGUGUUGUGUACAUCAAUAUGUAACGUAUAAUUCAAGUAUAGCUAUAUGCAAGUAUAAUUUCUGACUCAAUCUCAGUUUAACUAUCAAGAUUGUGAAAUUGAUUUGAUUAGUUUAUUUAUUUCUCUUCAUCAAUAAUGUACAGGUCCUCCUGAAACUUGUACCCACAAUGCUCUUGUAUUAUAGUAUAAAUAUAAGCAUGGAUUUAAA